AUGCUCGAUGAUGAUGCAUCAACAACCCAAGAUCCGAUAGUUUAUAAGGCGCCCUAUCAUUCUGGUGUGAUGGUAGAUCCUCAUUUAGACAAGAUCAAGGCGGCGGGUGGGACAUCCAUCAUCAAGGAUAACCAGUCGCUACGGAAGCUCUUGCAGACGUAUUUCCUGACGGAAUACACAUUCUUUCCGGCUUUCCACAAAAGACUAUUUUCUACAAGACAUGGUAUCAGGCUGCAAGGAGUACUGCUCCUCCCUUUUGGUCCAUGCAAUCCUCGCAUCGGCUUGUAUAGCACGGCUACUCCAGCACGAAUCAUCGGUCCCGAUUCUGGAGUCCCGAAACUCUGGGUUCCUGGUGCCUCGCAGAAGCGCGCCGCUGCGAUUGUGCUUGCAAUCGUAUAUGAUGCCAACGGCCGUGAUGAGGAGGGGAAAGCUUACCUAGCUCAGGCUGUUGCGGCUGCACAUGCAAUGCAGCUAUUCUCUCCACAGAGGAGCAGCGAUGACCGCAAGUUCUAUUCCAGAGCCGUUACGGCAUGGGCUCUUGUACACAGCUUUCACGUAUUCAAAGCACCACUGCUCUCUAUGCCCCCUAGCAUACCGCUCCCAGAGCAAGAUAAAUGUUAUGGGGACUUUUUGUUCCGUUUUCCAGCAGCUCAAGGACCUGUAUCGCUGAACUACGCCAAUACCUUCCGGGCACUCUCUGAGUUCCGACAUAUUAUGAAUAAUGUCGCAGCUGUGUUCUUCUCGGAUUUGAAGAACACCCCUGACUCCACGGUGGACAGAAUCAAGGGCUUUUGUAUUCGUCUAGACAGCUGGUACCAAACCUGCCGCCUGAUCUCAAAACCAGAGAGAUAUCUUUUCCAUGACAUCUCAAGCUCCAGUAAGCACCCAACUCAUUCACCGCAGCUUAUGUUGACUGUUUCCAGUAUGCACUACUACCAACUGAUAACAUUUCUUCUAGAAACACUACGUAUGACAUCUACACCUGCACUAGCUGAUGGAAGUGUUCAGAAGGUACUGAGCGACGCCAAGAUCAGAAUAGAAACCUUGAUACGGCUAUACUAUUUACGACAUGGAUUCGAGUCCUAUGACAUAAUGGUUAUAAGCAUGCAUUUUAUAGGGUUCAUGCAAGCAAAAGCCUUGGAUGUUACUGAGGCGGCAGGUCUUGAAAGCAGACGAUCGACUGUUGUCCUCGUGGCAAAAGGUCUCCAAGAUCAAAGCAAGAAUUGCUAUUUGGCAAGACUGGUGCUUCGUAUCCUGAAGAGCAGCGUGGGACGUGAGAACCAAUUUUUGCUGAAAGAAGUUGAUGAUGAGGAAGAAGAUGCCGAGGCGGAGAGGGUAAUGAAAGAGCAAGUGAAGUCAUCUUGGCCUAUUGAUCUCGAGUGGAUUGAUGUUGAUCCCGAGAAGAAGAGAUUGGAUAAUCUGAUUAAGAGGACAAAGGAAUUAGAACUUUAA